AGGUAUGUGACUGAGAUUUCUAACAGGAAGGAUGCUACAGUUGAUUGUCCUAGCCGCCAUCCUUCAGGCGAGUCUCUCCAUAGAAAUGACAUUUACACUUCAAGAACAUGAAGUUCAAUGCUUCCACGAGAUCAUCCCUAAAGACAAGAAGUUUUCCCUUGAAUAUCAGGUAAUUUCUGGAGGUCACUUUGACAUUGACUGCAACAUGAUGUCCCCCAACAGCAAGACCUUGUACAAGGAACAGCGCAAGCAGUACGACACAUUUCAUCAUAAAACGGUGGAAGCUGGAGAGUAUACAUUCUGUUUCAGUAACGAGUUCUCUACCUUCGCCCAUAAGACUGUUUACUUUGACCUGGAUCUGGGUGACGAAUCUACGGAUAUUGGUGCUGAUGAUGAGUCCGGAGAGGGGGCUCACGCCACAGCGCUGACCCAGCUUGAGUCUUCCGCUUACACCAUUCACGAGUCACUCCGUCUUGUGGUGGAUUAUCAAAAUCACCACAGACUAAAAGAGCGAAUAGGAAGGGAGAUAGCAGAGUAUUUGUGUGAGCGAGUUCAAAAUUGGUCUGUCGGGCAAACUGUUCUAAUCGUGAUUGUGGCAUUCGGCCAAGUAUACAUGCUUCGUAAACUAUUUGACAAGCCAGUCGCAAGGGGUGGUAAAGUUGGAAUCUGAUUUCUAGUAACAUGAUCAUGAGACACGUUAAUUUGUCAUGAAUAUUUAGUAUUAGUUUGUCUAAAUCAUUUAUUUGUUUACCUUUCGUACAGCUUAUAGUAAUAUUUUUCGAUUCAUUUGCUCUUAUUUCAUUCUGCUCUGGCUGAGAAAAAAAUAAUAAUUUAAUUAACUCACAUUUUUAUUUUGUGUAUAUUUGAUGGUGGGAGCUCACAUUGUUUCCCGAGCUGAGAGUUUGAAAUAUUAUAACACUAUUCUAGUAGCAGAGUGUACACUACACGCGAAUAAUCAGUUUCGUAAUUUUAUUGUGUACCUGACUAUUAAAGUUUAAAACAUUAAAUUACACUUAAUGCUCCCCGUGUAUCCUUAUUUGAUCUAACGAUGAAAAAUUAGCAUAUAGUCCAUCUAACCAGUAAGAGCAUGCUUCCAAAGUACCCCUGCUAGGGUAACCAUCAGUCGAACAUUUUCUUUGUUCCCUUUACAUCUCCCCUAACGAUAUACGCUCACAGCAGUAGGAUGAAGUUUGUAGCAGCAGUGGUCGUGUGUCUGGUAGCACUGGCUCAGUGCGAGAUUACUGAGGAGGAGGGAGUUAUCGUACUGACCGAGGAGAACUUUGACGAGGCCAUCUCAACCAACGAACACAUCCUCGUGGAGUUCUAUGCUCCAUGGUGUGGCCACUGUAAAGCCCUGGCUCCCGAAUACGCCGCCGCUGCCAAAAUCCUUGCUGACGAGGGUUCAGCUGUCAAAUUGGGUAAAUGUGACGCUACAGAGCACAAGAGCAUUGGUGGAAGGUUCGGAGUCAAAGGUUAUCCUACUCUCAAAUUCUUCGUCAACGGCAAAGAGAAGGAAUAUAACGGUGGACGCAAAUCUCCCGACAUAGUGUCCUGGUUGAAGAAAAAGACCGGUGAUCCUUGCAAGGUUGUGAGCACAAAAGAUGAGGUUGAUGCUGAGGUUGCUUCCGCCCACUUUGCCGUUGUUGGAGCUUUCAAGGACCGAGCCAGCGAGGCAGGAGCCGUCUAUACCGCUACAGCUUCAGAUACUGACGGUGUUGUAUUCAUGGUUACUGAUAACGAUGAUUUGAUGAAGGAGUUCGGACUUGAAGAUGGUGGUAUUGUCGCUGUCAGAGACUUCGCCGAUGAGGAAGCACGUGUAGUUUUGGAAGGAGAUAAGACCGCUGAAUCCCUCGGAACAUUCAUCAGUGCUAACAGGCUGCCUUCUGUCGUCGAGUUCAGUGACGAGACCGCUCCCAUGAUUUUCGGAGGAGAUAUCAAGUCUCACUUCCUUAUUUUCGGAGAUAAUGAACACGAGGCUCAUGCAGACUUGAUGGCUGUAUUCCGCAAAGUGAGCAAAGGAUCUGCUGGCAAACUAGUUCAUGUGUAUGUUAACUCUGGCAAGGCAGAUAAUGGAAGGAUUCUAGAGUUCUUUGGAAUUAAGAAAGAGGACGGACAAGUUACCAGGAUUAUCCAGCUUGGAGAAGGAGUUGACAAGUACGCUCCCGACUUCACCGACCUCACAGAGGAGAACCUCGCUAAAUUCGCUUCCGAUUACCUGUCAGGCAAUCUCAAGAAACAUCUCAACUCAGAGGAGAUCCCUGAAGAUUGGGAUGCUCUGCCAGUCAAGGUUCUCGUUGGAAAGAACUUUGAAGCUGUUGCUUUCGAUGAGACCAAAGAUGUGCUGGUUGAGUUCUAUGCCCCAUGGUGUGGACACUGCAAACAACUUACUCCCAUCUGGGAUGAGCUAGGUGAGAAGUAUAAGGAUCACGAAAGUAUUGUCAUUGCUAAGAUGGACUCUACAGCUAACGAAGUAGCUGAUGUAACCGUCAAGGGUUUCCCUACUCUCAAAUUCUUCCCUAAAGAGUCUGGCAAGAAGGUAGUUGACUACAGUGGUGGACGGACUCUCGAGGAUUUCGUUGCUUUCCUUGAUGGAGACCACGACGCCGAAGCUGAAGACGAUAAGGCUGACGAAGAUGACGCCGAUCACGACGAAUUAUAAAUUUUGAUAUCCCCUUAUAUUGAGUUCUCCCACGUAUGUUUCAGUCAUAAUAUAUUAUAAGUAUUUAAGUUAGGGUUUAUAUUCUUAUGACACCAUUUCAAGAUGAGAUUUGAAGCCAAUUCUUAAAUCAGUGCGAUUUUACCUGUUGAGAAAGAUCAUUUUGUUCGAUGCUACACUAUGUAAAGAUGUUGUGCAUUGUUAAAACUUUCAAAUCGAAACCCCCAAAAAGUUGUUCGACAAAAAAAUAACGGUCUUUUUUAUUUGGGCGGGCCCCUUUAAGCUUAUAUCAUUUAUACUGAAUAAAUAUACUUUUUAAUCCCUAUAUUUUACGUUAUAUAAAUUCCUUAUCUUAACAAUUCAAGUUUAAAGAUCAGUCGUUGGGUAAGUUUUUGAUGUGAAGUUAUUUAUUAUGUGGAUUUCAUUUUUAUGUGAGAUAA